AUGGCGUGGCGUUCUUCUGGACUAACGCAUCAACAUCUAAUCUCAAAUUUAGUAAAUAAUGAUAUUAUUAAAGAUGAGCGUAUUAAAGAAACUAUGUUGAAAGUAGAUCGAGGUGAUUUUAUUGAUGAUAAUCCCUACAUGGAUUCACCACAAUCAAUUGGAUCAUCCGUAACAAUUAGUGCUCCACAUAUGCAUGCAUACGCUCUAGACAUGUUAAAAGAUAAACUUAUACCUGGUGCAAAAGUUUUGGAUGUUGGUAGUGGAAGUGGAUACUUGACAGCUUGUAUGGGUUUGAUGAUACAAGGUACAGAUGAGAAAGGACGAGUGGGAAAGGUAGUAGGCAUUGAACAUAUACCAGAUUUAGUUAAAAAAUCUUUAAAUAAUAUAAAAAAACAUCAUAAACAAUUACUGGAAAAUAAAAUAGUGGAAAUUGUCGAAGGUGAUGGAAGAAAAGGAUAUGAAAAUGAAGCACCCUAUGAUGCUAUUCAUGUUGGAGCAGCUGCUCCUGAUACUCCUCAUGCAUUAAUUAAUCAACUCAAUAUUGGUGGCCGUCUAGUGGUACCAGUAGGAAGUUAUACUCAACAGAUGAUGGUUUAUGAGAAACAAGAAGGAGGAAAAGUGAAGUCACGUUCAGCUAUGGGUGUGAUUGUAAACAUGUUAUCAAAACGUUUUUUGACGUAUAUUGCCACCGUUCCUUGUCGUCAUCUUCAUACAACAUCAGCGCUAUUUCAACAACAACAAACAGCCACUCAGUCCCAUUCUUCUGUCGACCCCCAGAUUUAUGCAAAAACACGUAAAAAUCUUUAUAUUAAUGAUCAAACACGUGUUAUUUGUCAAGGUUUCACUGGAAAACAAGGAACAUUUCAUAGUCAACAAGCAAUCGAUUAUGGAACAAAAUUAGUAGGUGGUGUAUCGCCGAAAAAAGCUGGUACAAAACAUUUAGGUUUACCCGUAUUUAAAAAUGUUGGCGAUGCCAUGAAAGAAACGGGUGCAACGGCAACUGUCAUAUAUGUACCACCACCGGGAGCUGCCGAAGCAAUUCUAGAAGCAAUCGAUGCUGGAAUACCAUUAAUUGUAUGUAUUACCGAAGGUAUUCCACAGCAUGAUAUGGUUAAAGUGAAAAAUCAAUUAGUUCGACAAGAUAAAUCAAGAUUACUUGGACCCAAUUGUCCGGGAGUUAUUGCUCCUGGUAAAUCUAAAAUUGGUAUAAUGCCUGGUCAUAUUCAUCGUCCUGGAAACAUUGGUAUUGUGUCUCGUAGUGGUACUCUUACAUACGAAGCUGUUCAUCAAACGACUCAAGUUGGCCUCGGACAAUCAUUAUGUGUCGGUAUUGGUGGUGACCCGUUUAACGGCACAGAUUUUAUCGAUUGUCUUGACAUAUUCCUCAAAGAUAAACAAACACAAGGUAUUAUUUUAAUUGGUGAAAUUGGUGGCAAUGCUGAAGAAUUAGCGGCCGAAUAUUUAUUAAAACAUAACACUGGAACUCAUGCAAAACCCAUUGUGGCAUUUAUUGCCGGUGUCACAGCACCUCCUGGUCGUCGUAUGGGUCAUGCUGGUGCAAUUAUUUCUGGCAAAUCAGGUGGAGCUGAAGGUAAAAUUAGUGCAUUGAAGGAAGCCAAUGCUACUGUGAGUAGUUCACCAGCGAAAAUGGGACAAUUAAUGUAUAAAUUAAUGAAAAACGAAGAGUUUCCGGGAAGUAAAACUGAUUCACGGUAA